UGCGGCCGGCGCCGGGGUGGAGAGUUGUGCGCCGGUCCCUGGGCCUGAGCUCCGGCUCCGGCUGGGGCGCCUGCAAUGUCUCAAGAUGGCGGAGCUGGGCGAAUUAAAGCACAUGGUGAUGAGUUUCCGGGUGUCUGAGCUCCAGGUGCUUCUUGGCUUUGCUGGCCGGAACAAGAGUGGACGGAAGCACGAGCUCCUGGCCAAGGCCCUGCACCUCCUGAAGUCCAGCUGUGCCCCUAGCGUCCAGAUGAAGAUCAAAGAGCUUUACCGACGACGCUUUCCCCGGAAGACCCUGGGACCCUCUGAUCUCUCCCUGCUCUCUUUGCCCCCUGGCACCUCUCCUGUAGGCUCUCCUGGCCCUCUAGCUCCCAUUCCCCCAACGUUCUUGGCCCCUGGCACCCUGCUGGGCCCCAAGCGUGAGGUGGACAUGCACCCCCCUCUGCCCCAGCCUGUGCACCCUGAUGUCACCAUGAAACCAUUGCCCUUCUAUGAGGUCUACGGGGAGCUCAUCCGGCCCACCACCCUUGGUACGGCUCUUUGUGGUCCCUUAGCCUUCUGGACUCCAUGCCUGCUCCCUAAACAUUUCAGAGGCUUUAGUCCUGUGGGAUCAGUGGCAUGGAUGGGGGUGAUUUCUGUGGCUGCCUGUGCAUGGGCUUGGAAUAACUGCCUUUUCAUGUCCUCAGCAUCCACUUCCAGCCAGCGGUUUGAGGAAGCACACUUUACCUUUGCCCUCACACCCCAGCAAGUGCAGCAGAUUCUUACAUCCAGAGAGGUUCUGCCAGGAGCCAAAUGUGAUUAUACCAUACAGGUGCAGCUAAGGUUCUGUCUCUGUGAGACCAGCUGCCCCCAGGAAGAUUAUUUUCCCCCGAACCUCUUUGUCAAGGUCAAUGGGAAACUGUGCCCCCUGCCGGGUUACCUUCCCCCAACCAAGAAUGGGGCUGAGCCCAAGAGGCCCAGCCGCCCCAUCAACAUCACACCCCUGGCUCGACUCUCAGCCACUGUUCCCAACACUAUUGUGGUCAAUUGGUCAUCUGAGUUCGGACGGAAUUACUCCUUGUCUGUGUACCUGGUGAGGCAGUUGACUGCAGGGACCCUUCUACAGAAACUCAGAGCAAAGGGUAUCCGGAACCCAGAUCACUCGAGAGCACUCAUCAAGGAGAAAUUGACUGCUGACCCUGACAGUGAGGUGGCCACUACGAGUCUCCGGGUGUCACUCAUGUGCCCGCUAGGGAAGAUGCGUCUGACUGUCCCUUGUCGUGCCCUCACCUGCGCCCACCUGCAGAGUUUCGAUGCUGCCCUUUAUCUACAGAUGAAUGAGAAGAAGCCAACAUGGACAUGUCCUGUGUGUGACAAGAAGGCUCCCUAUGAAUCUCUUAUCAUUGAUGGUUUAUUUAUGGAGAUUCUUAGUUCCUGUUCAGAUUGUGAUGAGAUCCAGUUCAUGGAAGAUGGAUCCUGGUGCCCAAUGAAACCCAAGAAGGAGGCAUCUGAGGUUUGCCCCCCGCCAGGGUAUGGGCUGGAUGGCCUCCAGUACAGCCCAGUCCAGGAGGGAAAUCCAUCAGAGAAUAAGAAAAAGGUCGAAGUAAUUGACUUGACAAUAGAAAGCUCAUCAGAUGAGGAGGAUCUGCCCCCAACCAAGAAGCACUGUUCUGUCACCUCAGCUGUCAUCCCAGCCCUACCUGGAAGCAAAGGAGUCCUGACACCUGGCCACCAGCCAUCCUCGGUGCUAAGGAGCCCUGCCAUGGGCACGUUGGGUGGGGAUUUCCUGUCCAGUCUCCCACUCCAUGAGUACCCACCUGCCUUCCCACUGGGAGCCGACAUCCAAGGUUUAGAUUUAUUUUCAUUUCUUCAGACAGAGAGUCAGCACUAUGGCCCCUCCGUCAUCACCUCACUAGAUGAACAGGAUGCCCUUGGCCACUUCUUCCAGUACCGAGGGACCCCUGCUCACUUUCUGGGCCCACUGGCCCCCACGUUGGGGAGCUCCCACCGCAGCGCCACUCCGGCGCCCCCUCCUGGCCGUGUCAGCAGCAUUGUGGCCCCUGGGGGGUCCUUGAGGGAGGGGCAUGGAGGACCCCUGCCUUCAGGUCCCUCUUUGACUGGCUGUCGGUCAGACAUCAUUUCCCUGGACUGAGUUCCUUGGAUUAUGGAAACUUCACUGUCCGCCAACACGGAGCAGGUAGGCUGUGGAGUCCCAACCCUGGCUACUCUGAUCCCUCUGGGGGUUCCAGCCAGGGGCCAGACAGACCUUCACAGAUGCCUACUUUUGGCCUCAUCUCUGCCUGAUGAGGCGAGCACCCAAAGGGUUAAUAUUUAACCUCUUUUUAAGGACACUGGGGUCUGUUUUGGAAAUGUUCUUUAGAUGGUGGCCAUUCCUCUGGGUAUGUUAACCUAGGCAGUGGGGGGCAAAUGGGAUGGGAUGUGAGCUGGGAGCAGGCCUGAACCCCCAGCCUUGACUGUGUCUGGAGCCUCCUGGGGAAGGGGCCCCUCUCUUCUUACCCCCAAGCCCAUGGCUCUAUUACUGCCUCAUGUCCAUUGUCUCUUCAUGUCCAUUCCGUUCCCUUCGGCCACAGACAGGUGGAAACACUGAGACAGGCAGUUUCAGAGAUGGACAAAGAACUUUAUUUUGGAUUGUGGAUGUGGAUUUUUUUGUACAUAAAUAAGAAAAACCAAAAUACUCCAAAGAUGACUUCCCCUGCCUCCUGCUUCCAGUAUGACUGAGGAGGAUGUAAGGCCUUAGCCAUGAUCCCCAGGGGUUUGGGAGUAGGGCCUGGCCUGUUGCCUGGGUCCCUCUCUAUUUAUAUAUUUAAAUUCACAGUGUUUCUUAUGCCAGCCUGAGCUAGAGGCCCAUGGCCCUGUGGUUAGGCCCGGCUCAUUCUGCACCUUUCCAGGGAGGUGGAAGGACAUGGUGCCCUCCUUCCCACUCUUUUUCAGGCUCGUCUACGGCCUAAGACCUAUGUUGUAAUUUUACUUUUUAUUCCCAAAGUUGUAGUGAAGCUCUCACCAUAAUAAAGGUUGUGAAUGUUC